CUACAUGAAGUUUGACUAAUUCCAAUUUAAAGACAACAUGGCGGAAACGUGCGCUGGGAUUUUACGUCAAAAUUUUCCAGAAAUAGACGAAGAAAUGUUUAAUUAUAUUAAUGGAGUACUGGAGUCAGGGAAUGAUGAUUUUGAAAGUGCAACAGAUAUAUAUGAUGCGGUUGGUGAUUUAUUUCUUGAGAUUUCACAAAGUAAUUCUGACUUAGCCCAGGAUAUUUGUGAGCAGUUGAUGAGAGCUUUAAAAUUGAACUCUGAAAAUGAUACAAGUGAGCCCAUUAAACUUGAUGCUCCUGUGCAGUUGAAGGGUAUUGUUGAAAAUGUUGGAGAGAAUGCUGAUGAAAACACAAGUAUUUGGUUAGUAAAAAAGAACGAUUUUCGAGAGACGGUUGACGCUAAGAAAUUGGAAAAAGCCGAGGCUAAAAUAAAGGCAAAACAGGAUAGAAAAAAUUUGAAAGAAAACUCAACAACUACCCAAGGAAAAAGUAGUUUCAGUUUGAAUGAUAACGCUUCAGUGAGUCACACUCGAAACAGAAGGGACGCGCAUUUGGAGAAAGUUGGUUUUUCGCAAGACAUUCAUAUAGAAAGCAUCGAUUUGGCUUUUGGAGAGAGAGUGCUGUUACAGGGUGCUGAUCUCAUGUUGAAUUACGGUCAUCGCUAUGGUCUUAUUGGUCGAAAUGGUGUUGGAAAGACAACUUUGCUUCGUUCGUUAUCACGGCGGGAGUUACAUGUUUCAUCAAAUCUUUCAAUUCUCCAUGUGGAACAGGAGGUAGUUGGUGACAAUACUCCGGCGUUAGAAAGCGUUUUACAAUGUGAUGUGCGAAGAAAUGCUUUAAUAAAAGAAGAAAGAAUGUUGACUGAAGAUCUUCAGUCCAAAAGCACAGGUCAAGCAAACUCCGCGUCUGAAAAUCGCCUGGCUGAAGUUUAUGCAGAGUUAGAGGAAAUCGAAGCGGACAAAGCCCCUGCGAGAGCAUCCGUGAUUUUAGCUGGUCUUGGUUUUUCGCCUAAAAUGCAAGGCCAGUGUACGAGAGAAUUUUCUGGUGGAUGGAGAAUGCGGUUAGCAUUGGCGAGGGCUUUGUUUACAAGGCCAGAUCUUCUUCUUCUUGACGAACCUACAAACAUGCUGGAUCUCAAUGCCAUAAUUUGGCUGGAAAACUAUUUACAGAACUGGUCCUCAACACUUCUUGUGGUCUCUCACGAUCGAAAUUUCUUGGACACCGUGUGUACAGACAUUAUUUACAUGCAUUCUUCGAAAUUGGAUAGUUACAAGGGAAACUAUGAGAUAUUUUUCAAAACUAAAACGGAGAAACUUAAGAAUCAGCAACGUGAAUACGAAGCCCAACAACAAUACAGAGAACAUUUACAGGCUUUCAUUAAUCGUUUUCGAUACAAUGCGAACAGAGCUGCGUUGGUUCAAAGUAAAAUUAAGAUACUGGAAAAGCUACCAAGCCUCACAGCUGUGGAAAAGGAAACGGAGGUUGCUCUAAGAUUUCCUGAUUGUGAAGAUUUAUCGCCUCCUAUACUUCAACUCGAUGAGGUUUCGUUUUAUUACACGAAAGAAAGAAUUAUCUUUGACAAAGUGUCCAUGUCUGCUACAAUGCAAUCAAGAAUUGCUGUGGUUGGUGAAAACGGUGCUGGCAAGACAACGUUACUUAAAAUACUGCUGGGAGAACUGGGACCAGUUCAAGGAUUAAGACACAUACAUAGAAAUUUGAAAUUAGGAUAUUUCAGUCAACAUCACGUGGAUCAAUUGAACAUGAAUUUGAACUCUGUGCAACUUCUACAGACGAAAUUUCCAGGAAAACCUGAAGAAGAAUAUCGAAGGCAACUCGGUUCGUUUGGUGUUUCGGGUGAGCUUGCUUUAAGACCUAUCGACAGUCUAUCUGGAGGGCAAAAAAGUCGCGUGGCUUUUGCUAUCCUAGUGAUGUUGAGACCAAACUUUCUCAUUUUGGACGAACCUACGAAUCAUUUGGACAUGGAAACCAUCGAAGCACUUGGAAAAGCGCUCCUGAAAUUUCAGGGUGGUGUAAUCUUAGUAUCACAUGACGAGCGUUUGGUACGGAAUGUUUGCAGCGAAAUUUGGUUAUGUGGACGUAGGACCGUACGAUCCAUUGAGGGCGGAUUCUCAGAAUAUAGACGUAUUUUAGAGGACGAAUAUAAGAGAUUGUGACAAUGGAAUAUGUAAUGUAAUAUCAGCUUGCCGAUAAAGGUUUUAUAAAGAUUUUGAAAAAAAGUCGCUUAAUCCCGAACCGUCCGCAAUAUGUUGUCGAAACCAGACUCGAACCUGACUAACUUGCAGGAUUUGAGCUUAAAAAGUGCUUUAUUUGUUGUAAAAUAUCAAUCCUCCAAAUCGUAGUUGCUACAAUGAUUAUCAUAAUUCCAGACAAAUCUCUCACGUGACGUUUUUCACCAAUUGCAUUUAAUGAUUUAUUAAAUAAGUUUCUUAGUGCUUUCCCCGACAUGUUUGAAAAGUUCUCGUGCUGAUAGUCUUAAUUCUCUUAGGAUAAGUCGUACACGAACUGAGCAUGGAUGUUGUUAUGGAACGACCGACCGUGGAAGAUUUACAAGUUUACUUUACUUUGUGUAGCUCAAGCACCUUUUCCAAAGAAUUACGCAGUCGAAAAAAACGAAAAUGAGUCCAAUCACACGAUCCCAUUGAUUCAUGUCGAAAGGCACACUGAUGAGAACGUCGUAAAAGAAGGAAAUAAAACCGCUGAUUUCGAUGUAAAAAAUAAUACGCAAGUGGAGAAAUUGGCCAAUGAUGAUGCAGAGCAACUCGAGAGUGGAAACGAAAUUCUUCCUUUCAAGCUCUCUGCCUUGUCUUCUUUACCAGAUAGUCCACCUUGUGAAGCUCACAGCUCGCCUAAUUGUGAAGUCGGAGAAGGGAUUGGAGCGUGGAGACCUAAAACCAAUGAUAAAAUUCAAUAUCUUGAAAUUGACUUGGGUUUUUCAAGGAAUCCUUUCAGUCAAUCAAAAUUGCCAUAAAAAUUUCAAGCACAAGAUUACAGCGCAGUAGAAGAAGAAGGGAGAUAAAUCCAAGUUUGUUUCACCAAUCCCUUCACCCAUGAUGGGAAGAAAGAUGCACAUCAAAAAACAAGAUAUCUCAAAUCCUCUUCAGGUAUCAAACAACGGUGUUUUACCAGAUGUCAGCGAAGCAGGUACACAUGACAGGGCUAACUUUUUUCUUUUGAAAAAUUAACGGUAUUUCAACCAAAAUAUAUCCUGAUAGCCAAGUGGAAUUAUGAAAGCGUAAACGAAAAGACUGUUUCAGAGAUACAAUCUUGUUCUCAAUCUUAUUCCAUUAUAGAAUAUAAUCAACGAUUUAUUUAAUGUGCAUUAUGAUGUUCGUUUGCUUAUGACUUCGUGUAGAUAGAAAUCAUAAUUUUUGAAAAUCUUACACAACUUUUGAACUUUAAACACGACUGCAUAAUGAUUAAUAGUCUAAUGAACAUGUCAACAGCACUUAUACUGAAUUCAAAAUAAUCAUGGAUCAGCCGAUCUUGCGAAUUUGCAUGCAUCCAGGCUCAAUUACUGCAGAAUCAUCUAAAUGUCAGCUUCCACAACAACAAUAGCAAUAAAUGAAAAACCAGUCAGGUGCAAGAAUAAUCAUUGUCAUAAAGACAGAUAAUUUUGUACUGUAGGAUUAAUCUGUUUUCGUUUAUGAUCAUAAAUUCCACUUAUAAAUCUGCCUAGACUAAAUUUGAACAGAAACAGCAGCAGCAAGUACAAUGGCAAGGAUAAAAGGGCGAGACCACGUAAACGUUUAUGUUGAGAGAGAAUUAUUCGGUUACUGGACGGGAGUCUCAACGUGGAUUGUACGUAAAUUAUUAAAUAUCAAAGCGGAAUUACUACGAGUUAACGACGUCUACCUGACAAACCAAAUGUCAAUGGAUGUACCGGACGAAAUCUAAGCAUUUGAUAAUAUGGAAUUGAGUGAUAGCGUAACGCAACAAACAAGAGCGCCGUGAAAACUGUGCAGAUUGGUUUCUUACAACAUCCGAUUUCCUCAACACAAUGUUUAAAGAUAAUAUGGCUGCGUUGUCAAAUAUGCGGUGAUAUGUUAUAAGUGUCAUAAACCUUUGAAAUGUUGGAUAUGACUCGUGAAAUCGACAUUCCUAAAGAAUACACCUCAAAAUCGGAACGAUAGGAAAAUUCAUGUCCUAUGUAUAUUAUAUAAAAGCUAAAAGAAGACAAGUUAUCGGCUGCUUUAAAGCCUUCACCAAUGUCAAGCCAGAAAUAUGUGAUCCUCAUAUUUUACUACGACAAGUGCCAUUGGAUUAAUAAAGCUAAAGAAGUCUGCAUUGCUUAGCCGUAAGAAAACGUGCUGCUUUUGAAAGACUUACUUGUCUCUAUCUUUUUCAAAAGAAGACAUAAAUAACUAUAGAUUUUUUUUGCUAAUGUAUUACCAAACUAACAUUAAUAUAAAUGUAUUUAUUUGUACUAUUCUUUCACUUUUUAUAUCAACAUUUGACUACGAAUAUGA